AGCGCUUAACGAGUGCCAAUCGAAAGUUCCGCAUUUAAUUUCGUUCAAUACAAAGCAGUAUUAUUGUUAUUGUUUUUUUUUAUAAUUUUUUUUGCGUUGCGUUGAACUGAAAGUGGCGUGUCACUUAAUAUUUGACUAGCGUGCGAUUUCUGAGUGAGAAAAUCUUGUAUUUACAUUUGCACUUAAAAAACAUAAUCGCUUGCAAUUCGGCACGAAAUUGCAACACAGACAGAAUAAAAGGAAAGGAAAAGUAACAGGCGGAGGAAGUGGAGGAGUGGAAGAGCCAAGCCAAAAGUGACGACACCGCAAAGCCCAGCAGCAGCAUCAAGUUCAAGGCACGUCACAAACGCACUAAAUAAAAGCUCAUUAUCAAUAGAGAGCAGGCAUAGCCGGUGUGUGUAAGUGUGUGUGUGUGCUUGUGCGUGUGAGUGCAAGUGUGUGUGUGAAAACAGCGGCAUGCAAAGCUAUGCAGAUGCACUAAGUGCCAAGGGCUAUCGCAGCUUUGGCUUUGACACCGACGUUGAAAUGGACAUGGACCCAGACAUGGGCCUGAGCAUACGGCGAAUUGAGAAGCGCAAAGGAGGCGAUAUGAUCGACUCGUCAGACGCUGAUAAGCCAGAGGCGGACAAUGAGCUAAGUAAUGAAAUUUCGGCACCAUACGAAGUACCUCAGUUUCCAAUUGAACAGAUUGAGAAGAAAUUGCAAAUACAGCGGUUGCUAAAUGAGAAGCAAUCGACCGGUUUCCGUUCGGCUGCGCCGAUUCAAGCAUCGCCGCGACGCAGUAGCUCUGAUUCAGAGGAUCAGCCAGAAGAGACGGAACAUAAGCGUAUCACAGAUGCAGACAUUAAUUUUCAGCGUGUUUCCGUAUCCGGCGAGGAUACGAGCGGUGUACCGCUAGAAGAUCUGGAGCGUGCAUCGACUCUCCUUAUCGAAGCACUCAAGCUGCGUGCCCACUACAUGGAAGUAUCGGAUCAAUCGUUUCCAACGACUACAGCUCGGUUCCUCAAGACGGUGAGUCUCAAGGAUCGCUACGAGAAUAUGCCAGUCAAAUCUGUUUCGGACAUAAUUCGCAAACAGAGUAUGGCGAAAUAUACAGAACACCACACGCUGCCGGCGCCGCUCAGGUCCAGACACGCCUGGGACGUUGAGUUUGUACCAGAUGAAUCGUAUUUCAUUAAGCCACUGAAUGGCGUCUUUCAUAUCUACAACGAUAAGGAAUGCACGAGCGAACUGGACUUCACUUAUCCGGAUAUGAAUCAAUUUGUGAACGACAUGCAGGUCAUGUGUAAUAUGAUAGCUGAUGGACCCUUGAAAUCAUUUUGCUACCGUCGCCUUUGUUAUUUGUCGUCCAAGUACCAGAUGCACGUGUUAUUGAACGAACUACGUGAGUUGGCCGCCCAGAAGGCCGUUCCGCAUCGGGACUUUUACAACACUAGAAAGGUGGACACGCAUAUACAUGCAGCGUCCUGUAUGAAUCAAAAGCAUUUGCUACGCUUCAUCAAGAAGACUUUGAAGAACAAUGCCAACGAGGUGGUUACCCAUACGAACGGCCAGCCGAUGACAUUGGCCCAAGUCUUUCAAUCGAUGAAUCUUACCACAUACGAUCUAACCGUUGAUAUGCUUGAUGUUCAUGCCGAUCGCAAUACGUUCCAUCGCUUCGAUAAAUUUAAUUCCAAAUACAAUCCCAUUGGUGAAUCGCGCCUACGGGAGGUCUUCCUCAAGACGGACAAUUUUUUGAAUGGCAAAUACUUUGCACAAAUUAUAAAGGAAGUGGCUUUCGAUUUGGAAGAAUCGAAAUAUCAGAAUGCAGAGCUGCGUCUCUCCAUUUAUGGCAAGUCGCCUGAUGAGUGGAAUAAACUUGCCAAAUGGGCCAUCGACAAUGAUGUCUAUAGCUCGAACAUACGUUGGUUAAUACAAAUACCAAGGCUCUUUGAUAUCUUCAAGUCGAACAAGAUGAUGUCGUCAUUCCAGGAGAUAAUGAAUAACAUUUUUUUACCGCUAUUCGAGGCGACCAACAAGCCAAGUGAAAAUCCAAAUUUGCAUCGUUUUUUAAAUUACGUGAUUGGUUUCGAUUCCGUGGAUGAUGAGUCCAAGCCGGAGAAUCCGCUGUUCGACAACGACGUGCCCAGGCCCGAAGAAUGGACGUACGAGGAUAAUCCGCCGUAUGCUUACUACAUAUAUUACAUGUACGCCAAUAUGACGGUGCUUAACAAGUUUAGAAAGCAGCGCGGUCUUAACACCUUUGUGCUACGACCUCAUUGCGGGGAGGCUGGACCUGUGCAGCAUCUAGUCUGUGGGUAUCUAAUGGCUGAGAAUAUUUCGCACGGCCUUCUGCUGCGCAAGGUGCCGGUGCUGCAGUACCUCUAUUACUUGACCCAAAUUGGCAUUGCUAUGUCGCCACUGUCUAACAAUUCUCUGUUUCUCAACUAUCAUCGCAAUCCACUGCCAGAGUACUUGGCUCGUGGACUUAUUAUCUCACUAUCUACCGAUGAUCCGCUGCAGUUUCACUUCACCAAGGAACCGCUCAUGGAAGAGUACAGCAUUGCGGCGCAGGUGUGGAAACUCAGCUCCUGUGACAUGUGCGAGCUGGCACGCAACAGCGUAAUGAUGAGCGGCUUUCCUCAUAACAUCAAGCAGCAGUGGCUAGGUCCCAACUACUAUGAGGAUGGCAUCAACGGAAACGACAUCACUCGCACGAAUGUUCCAGAAAUCCGCGUUGCUUAUCGCUAUGAGACCUUGCUGGAUGAACUCUCUAACAUAUUCAAAGUGAAUCAGACCUGUCAUCUGAAAGACACUGAAGAAAAUAAGAAAUAACUUCGAUAUAAAAAGCAAACGCUAUAUACUUGCUAAUAUUAUUAUAUACAUUAACGUUUAUUAUGUACGUAUGCAUAAUAACGUUUCCUCUUCUAAUAAUCCUUUAUAUUAAUCCAACAGACCAAAAUUCAACAAACAUGAGUGCAUGUAACAAACUUAUAUACAGGGCAUUAGUUGGCAGCAGCGGUAACAACGAUGCCCAGCACGUGCAUCGAGUAAUCUGAAGGUUCUUUGCAAAAUAUGUUAAACGUAUAAUUAUAUUCGUUGUAGGUAGAUGCCAAUUUUCUGCACUGGUACUGGUGUUGCUGCUGCAUUGCGAUUAAAUUAGACAAAAUUAUAUUAAAAAAAAAUAUAAAAUCUUUCUAAAGUGUAAACUAUAAAUAAAGAGAAUUGGGAAAUACUGAAUAUUUGAUCAUUUAUUAUACCAACAGAAACCAAUUCAAAUGCGUUCGCGCCAUCUAGCG